AUGGAACAACUCUCAACCAGGGUGUUCUACCUGCCUCCAGGCCAGUCGGUCAGGGAACUGAAGGUCCUCGACCUGACAUCUGAACUGUCUGGCGAUUACAAGAGUAGCUUCACUCCAGAAUUCAAGGAAACGGCCAAUCACCUGGUCAGGGGCUCACCGCCGCCGAAUAUCAUCCUCACCAGCACCAAAUGGUACCGUAAUUCGUCGAAGGCUGUCACCGACAACCACGGAACUCAUCUUGCAGACUGGCACUCACCUCUGUGGUCGCAUGGUUUCACAUCUAUCACCUUCCCGGAAGGCUCGCCGCAUUGCGAGCACAAUAUCGAGGUCGCCCCAACAAAUAUCCACCAUCGUAGCCAGAGGUUCGUCAAAGAUAGCGCAAGCUAUGUCUGGGAGUCUGCUGGGAAACUCUCUUCGGGGACUCUCAUACUCUGCAGGGAGAGCACAUCCUCCAAAACUCCGGUGGCUCGAUAUGAGUCGGACAAUGGCCGCUUCCAACGCGGAGGGUGUUGGUGA